AUGACCGGUCAACAAACACUUGCUGUAUCCCGCACGACGAUGUCCAAACUGUCCUUCACUGUCCGCAAACCCCCAGCAACCGACGACGACAAGGCUAGCGACAAAUUCAAACUCUCAGCGCUCCCUCGUCAUCUUUCUAGUGCCGCCAGCUCUGCCUCUGGCACCCCACUCACAGGUUCUCCUCGUACUUUCAGCUCUCGAGAGGAUUCCGACGAAGACGAAGAGAGCGGGAUCGUGUUUGCCGAUGGUGGGCGUAAAGAAGAGCCAGACUCCAGCGACGAUGAAGACGACCGUCUCGAGGAUGAGCUUAUCACAUCUUUCAAUAAAUUUGGUGCACAGCGCGUAAAUGGCAAAAAGGCCAAGACUAAAGCUCCUACGGGCCCGCUUGUCAUUCCUUCGAAGCCAAAUCCUGACUGGCGGGAGGCAGCACGGAAACGUCGUGCAGGUUCUGCACGGUUCGUCCCUGACUCUGCAAAAGCGAGCACAGGUGCAGACGGGAGUGUUGGAGGUCUUGGCACGCGCGACACCAUCAACUCCGGCCCCCAGCUCUCAGGUAUUCAGUUCGGCAACAAGGAAGUCAGGGUCGACACAAGCACGACGUCUACCGACGGAGAAACAACCAUGACGGUAGAUGAACACGUCAAAAUGGAAAUUGUAGCAGAGACGGAAGAUCAAAAAGCCCUUCGUGCGCUGCUGGCUGGGGAUAUGGACUCGGCGCCCCAGAUCGAUACUAUUCCCGUGCCCCCGAGCGAAACCGAUGCCCUCCAGCAAGAUGUGGCUUCGCUUCCGGAUGUGGCUUCUGCUGAUGACUAUGCGCGUGUGCCCAUUACUGCGUUUGGAGCCGCUAUGCUGCGCGGCAUGGGCUGGGUGGACGGUGGGGCUGUCACAAGCUCAGAACGAGCCAAAAAGAAUGCGCUGGUGGAGCCUUACCUGCCGAAAUCACGGCCUGCGCUCUUGGGAAUUGGAGCAAAGGAACAAGAGGUAUUGGAUGACGGUAGUAAGAAGAAGAAACGGAGAGGGGACGAGAAGCGGUACAUCCCGCUCGUGAGGCAGGAGAGCAGUAGGGAAGAAAGCAGGAAUGGGAGUGCGACUGUUUCGCGGAGGGCUUCGCGGUCACCUGAGAGAAGGAGCGGAGGGGAGAGCAGUAGGAGGGAUGAUCGUGAGAGAAGAAAGGAUGACGACCGUGAUAGAAGGAGGGACAAUGAUUAUGACGGGUCUAGGAGAGCAAAUGAUCGCGAUAGGCGACGAGACGACGACCGUGACGAUCGGGGAGCAAGAGACAGAGAUGACAGAAGAAAAAGAGACGAUAGUAGAAGGAACAGCGACAGGGACAGGGAUGUGGACAGACGGGACCGAGAUCGCGAUACAGGGAGAGAGAUGGGGAGAGCAGUCGGGGAGGAAGGGACAAGCAAGAUUAAUCAUGCUGGUAUGGGUACCAUCACGGAUUUUCAAAAGCACUAG